AUGUAAAUAAGAUUAGAUUAAAAUGGUAUACCUACUAUUUAAUCUGAAAACUUUAAUGACGUUGUUUAUGGAAUGGGAUACUUACAUGCAUAAGAUAGACUAUGGUCAAUGCAUUUUAAAAGAAAGGUAUUUGAAGGUAAACUAUCAGAAUUAGCAGGCAGUAAAACAUUAGAUAUGGAUAUACUUUUGAGAAGUUUGAAACUAGAAAAAAAUGCUUAAAAGAAAUUUGAAAACAGUUCUUAGAAAAUAAAAGAUAUUCUUUAAUGUUAUUCUAAUGGAAUUAAUGAUUAUGUAGAUAGUUUAAGUAUUUUACCUAUAGAAUUUUUACUUACAGAUGAAAAAUUCCAUAAAUGGGAACCUCAUCAUUCUUAUGCUUUAGCAUUUAUUAUAUGA